CAGGUGACGACGCAAACCUCAUCGUCACAUUCAACAUCAACCAGAACGACUACACCUUCAUCAGAAACAUGGCAGCUGGGAUUAAGGUAUUUCUCCACCAUCCGGACGUCCACCCAGACGCUAGCUCUACUGUGGUGACGGCUGCGCCCGGGGUUCUCAACAUAUGUUGCCAUACAAACAUUUCAGUAUAGUUACCAGCCCCUCCCGUACAAGGCAUUUGAUGACACUAUUUGCCUGGACACAAACAGUCACAAUUUCGUGAAUCCCCUGAAGAUCUACUCCCGCUACACCUACGACCAUUGCUUCAUGGAGUGUGUUCAGGUGAAGGCAUUUCGACAGUGUGGAUGUGUCGGACCUUAUGUCCCAUUGGAUGAUCUUCGGUGCUCUCUAGUUGACCUGGAUACUUGUUACAAUCCUGCUGUUAGAUCGUUGUCCAAGAAUGGCACCUUCGUGGAGGAGUGUCGCUGUGCCAGCGAGUGCGUGUUCGACAGGUACACGGCCCAGGUGUCCUCCAGCUCCUUCCCUGCAGACAAAUGGGAAUCCACUCUUCUCAAAAACACGAGGGCAAGGGACAGGAAGAGUAUGGAAGACAACUAUCUGGAGCUGAAAGUGUUUUACGACCGGAUGAUGGUGACAUCCAUCACACAACAACCUCAAUACACCGUGGCUUCUCUGUUUUCCAAUGUCGGGGGUCAGAUGGGAUUGUGUCUCGGAGCCAGCUUGCUCACAGUCGCAGAGAUCGCGGAGCUCCUGGUGUUCAUCAUCCUCUUCCUCUUCGACAAAUGUAGAGGAAGAAAAGCUCGUAACAGAAUCAGCAACUGGUAGACAAUGCAUUAUCCCUCACAUGCCGUACAAAAUACAGCUAUCAUGAAGAUAUACAUUUCCACAAUGUCCCAACACAAGUUGUUCUCUUUAUUUGUUGUUUAAUGCCGACUCAGCUAUAUUCCAGCUAAAUGGCGGAAGUCUGGAAAUAAUCGAAAAUGGACCAGAUUAUGCAGUGAUCAAAGCAUGAGCAUCGAUCUACGCAGCUGGAAUACGAUGACAUGUCAACCAAGAUUUACGGGUUGCUGAACUAUAAUAACGAUAGACAUUCUACAACGUCCCAAUAGUAGUGAUCUGUUGGAUCCUCAUGCACCUGCUAGACCACCGACAUGACAGGCGGAUAUUAUUUGUUUGAGUGGCAUUCUACAAAAUUGAGAUGAUUAGAAUUUAUGGAUGAUCAAUUUUUUUAUUUUAACAAUGGCGACGUUUCGGUAUCGAUUCUUAUACCGCUUCCAAGCAUACCAAGCAUGAUAUGUCAAAAUAAAGAAGAUUAUCAUCCAUAAAGCCUUGUCAUCUCCAGGAAGAUAUUAGCCAUUUUGAAAUUUCUACACAACUACAGACAUUACUGAAAUUGCUUCUUUGUGUCACUAUAAUGUUCGUGCUGUAAUAGUGGAGAUUCUCUCGCGUAUGCUGUAAAUAUUCCCUGUUCUGACUUGUACGAUAUGGCCCCGUGUUUGUAAUUUAUCUAUUGACAUGCCUUUGCGUGUGUUUGUGACUUGUGCCACCAGUGAGGCAGGAUACGCUCAUCUUUUCGCGAACCCCCGGUGUCAUCACUAUUGCAUUGUUGUUAAUAAACACAUGCUAUACUAGAUGUUGUAUGGUAGGAAUCGUACAUUAGAUUCGUUUGGUGUGUUUUUUAAUUGUCGAAAUGUUUCUCUUAUUAUUUUCUAUGGCGUUGUGAAGGGGGUCACUGUGGACGAUUCCAUCAUACUAAAUCUGGCCAUUCAAUUAAAAGAAACAUUCAGGUCUCUACAGUAUCUGACGCUUUAAUUAAUAGUGUAUAUUCGACGGGUCAAAAUGUCCAAAUAACUCAGUUACAUAUAUUUACGACACCAACAAGCUGGGCGUGAUGAAUGUCCUUGACAAAUCUGCGACAUGGCGCCACAUUUUUAUAUCAUCUGAGAUGUCUGGAAUGUUGCUGCUAACAAUUAUUUGCAUUGGAAACAACAAGUCGGAUCAGUCUGUUCCUGUUGAUUAGGCUUCAUGUAAUAUUCUUUGGUGUCUGGAAAUUAUCUAAGAGAAUAUUUUAUAUAUAUAUUGUUGAAAGUACCAACACAAUUGUUUUGGACAUUUGUGAACCAUUUGGUCCGGAGCCUGGCAUCAUUGCCCUUAUAAGAUGGGACCGAUUCCAUCAUAGAAACCUACGUGACAUUUGGCAUGUAUUUAUUGUUGUUGUUGUUUAGUUGUGUUUUUAUACUUGAAUAACGUGUUUCUCAAGCUAAAUAAAUUGUUUCCUAAACUGUAA